AUGGCAUUCCUCUUUUAUUCAUUGCAUCUCUCAUUGGAAGUGCAGAAGGUUUCAAUCACCAUUAUAGAUGAGAAUGACAACAGUCCAGAGUUUGACAUCACAUCAGACACUUCAGUGGACAUCCUAGAGAACACACCCAUGGGGAAAAAAGUGGCAGUGGUGCUGGGAAGGGACAAAGAUGCUGGAUUAAACGGACUGGUCAAUUUCACUCUGGUGGCAGGCAACAUGGAGGAUGUGUUCAAGAUCAAGACAGUGAACCACACCUACGGGGAGGUUUUUGUCAAUGCUGCUCUGAACAGAGAGUCAGUAGACCGCUAUCUACUGAAGGUGCGUGCCAUUGACAAUGGCUCACCUCCCAGACACACAGACCACUCCCUCACCAUCAACAUCCUGGACAUCAAUGACAACGCACCUGUUAUUGAAAGCCUGAGGGGGUACAACGUCAGCAUUAGUGAGAAUGUAGGAGGAGGAACAUCUGUCCUCCGUGUGAUAGCGACCGACAAAGACAUCGGUCCCAACGCCAUGCUGUUCUACUACAUCACUGCUGGAAACCAGGACCUGACCUUCCGCAUGGACCGCGUGACGGGAGAGAUGGUGACACGGCCGGCUCCUCCCGACAGAGAGCGCCAGCAGGAGUAUCGUCUCACUGUCACUGUGGAAGAUGAUGGCACGCCACCUCUGUCGACCUCAACCACCAUCUAUGUUCACAUUGUGGAUGAGAACGAUAACGCCCCAGAGUUUCCUGAGGAGGAGUAUGUCACAGUGUUGAGCGAGGGACCGGACACAGUCGGUGCCACCAUCGCCACGGUAACAGCCAUCGACCCAGAUGAGGGUCUGAAUGGCACCUUGCGAUAUGCCAUCGCCCAAGGAAACCUGAUCCAGACCUUUAAUAUAAACAGCAUAACGGGGAGAAUUACAGCCGUGAAGGAGCUGGACUACGAGAUCAGCAACGGACACUACGCACUGGUCGUCACAGCUACGGACCAGUGUCCAAAGCCUGCUCUUCGCUUGACAUCCAGCACAACGGUGCUGGUAAAUGUCCUAGAUGUGAACGAUGUGACACCCACUUUUCCCAGAGCCUUUGAGGGACCCUUCGAGGUGACUGAGGGCCAACCAGGACCUCGGGUCUGGACUCUCAAAGCCAGUGAUGAAGAUUCUGGGCUCAACGGAAAAGUGGAGUACAGCAUCACUGGUGGAGAUCCCCAGAAUGAGUUCAUGGUUUCUCCAGUGGAGGGCGAGUUGCGGGUGAGGAAGGACGUAGAGCUGGACAGAGAAACGACACCCUUCUAUAACAUCACUGUAACAGCCCGAGACCUGGGCACCCCAUCUCGCAACAGCUCGGUCGUGGUGGGGGUCAAUGUCCGAGACAUCAACGACAACGACCCGGUCCUCCUGAACCUGCCUUACAACACCAGCGUCAGUGAAGGCGCCACCAUUCACACCUCUGUGGCCAGGGUCCAAGCACGAGAUGCAGACAGCGGACGAAAUGCAUUGCUAACUUACAACAUCACCGCUGGCAACCAGGAUGGAGCCUUCUACAUCAACGACACGACAGGUGUGGUGCAGGUGAACAGACCACUGGACAGAGAGCGAGUGGCUGAGUACACACUCACCAUCACCGUCAAAGACAACCCAGAGAACCCCCGCAUCGCUCGCAGGGAUUCAGACCUCUUGGUCAUCACCGUUCUGGAUGAGAAUGACAACAGGCCAAUUUUCACCAGGACCAGCUACAGAGCUGAGAUCACAGAGAACUCUGAAGCAGGUAGUACUGUAACAGUGUUAAAUGGGCCAGUUCAGGCUGAGGAUAAAGACAUUGGACCCAAUGCUGUGGUAAAGUAUCGCCUGCUGGGAGCCAGGGUGGACCUCUUUACUGUGGAUGCCAAUUCUGGUGUGAUACGUGUGCGUCAGGGGGCGAAGUUGGACCGUGAGGCGUUUCAGGAGCCUCGGGUAGAGCUGUUCCUGGUUGGGGAGGACAUAGGAGGUUUAAACAGCAGUGUCCCUCUCACUGUUACCAUCCUGGACCAGAAUGACAACCCUCCUGUCUUCAGCCCGUCAAGUUUCAGCGUUCGACUCCCUGAGAACAGCCCCUCUGGUGUGGUGGUGACUCAGCUGUCCGCCACUGACGCUGAUUCUGGCUCUAAUGGCUGGCUGAUGUAUCGGCUGGAGAGCGGUGCUCAAGACCGCUUCGUGGUCGACCCGCUCUCUGGCGCGGUCCUGGUGGGCAACAGCACCCUCGAUAGAGAAGAGCGUGGUUCCUACCGCCUUGUCGUCAUGGCGACUGAUCGUGGGACGCCCCCCAUGUCUGGCACAGCCACCCUGACAGUAAUUCUGGAUGACGUUAACGACUCCCGACCCCGUUUUAUAGAGCCAGUAAACAUGAUCAACGUCAAUGAGUCCACCCCGCCGGGUGUAGUGGUGGCCACGCUGACCGCUGUGGACCCUGAUCUGCAUCCCCGGCUGGAGUAUUACAUCAUCUCAGUGGAGGCAAAGGAUGAUGGGAACAAACCAGUGGAUGGGCUGCAGGAGUCCUUUGGCAUUGACCUACACACUGGUGCAGUGUUUGUACGCAACCCACUGAACAGAGAGCUGGUAGCUACAUUUGAGAUCAUUGUGUCUGUCCAUGACAAUGCCAGUGAAGUUAUUGACAAGUCAGGAAGUGUUCCCAACGCGAGACUAUCUAUAAACGUGUUGGAUGUAAAUGACAAUGCCCCACGUUUCCGGCCCUUCGGAGUGUCCAAUUUCACAGAGAAGAUUUUAGAAGGAGCCCAGCCAGGCACAACACUGCUAUCAGUAUCAGCUGUAGACCCUGAUAAAGGUCCCAACGGCCAGGUCAUCUACCAGUUGCUCCACCUGCCCCGAGGGGGAUACGUUAGACUGGAGGACCCUUCCACUGGUAAGAUUGUAGCCAACCAGACGGUGGAUUUCGAGCAGGUGCAGUGGCUGAAUUUUACCAUUCGGGCGCAGGACCAUGGCACUCCUCCCAGGAUAGCCGAGCUGCCUGUUUAUCUACGCAUAGUGGACGUGAACGAUAACAACCCCGUCUUCCUACAACCCUCAUAUCAGGAGCCUGUGUUCGAGGAUGUCGACCUGGGCACCACCAUAAUUCGUGUCAAGGCUACAGAUGCCGACUCUGGCCUCUUUGCCGUCAUCGAGUACAGCCUGGUAGACGGGGAGGGCAGGUUUGGCAUCAAACCAACCACUGGAGAGAUCUACAUCAUUUCUCCUCUGGACAGAGAGACAAAGGAUCACUACACUUUAACCGCUGUUGCCCGUGACAACCCUGGCGGCAGCUCCAACAACAGACGAGAGAACUCAAUUCAGGUCCUGGUGACCGUCCUCGAUGUCAACGAUUAUCGUCCACGCUUCACGGAGCGAGUGUUCAACACCAGCGUGUUUGAGAAUGAGCCCAGUGGAACGUCUGUGAUCACAGUGAAGGCUAACGACCUGGAUGAAGGAGAAAAUGGAGCGGUACUCUACAGCCUGCUGGGACUCCAUUCAGAUGCGUUCUCCCUGGAUCCAAACACAGGGCUGGUGCGUUCUCGCCGCCUGCUUCAGUCCUCUGAACAUUUCAACCUGACCGUGGUGGCUACAGACCAGGGGCGUCCUCCCCUCUGGAGCACUGCAGACCUGAUCAUUACGGUCAUAGAUGUCAAUGACAACAGACCGGUGUUUGUCAGGCCCGCCAACGGAACCAUCAUUCAUAUCUCAGAGGAGCAGCCCCCAGGCCUGCCGGUGUAUGAGGUGCAUGCGACGGACUCUGACGAGGGGGUUAAUGGGGAGGUCCGCUAUGGCUUCCUGCAGACUGGAGCGGGUAACAGAGACUGGGAAAACUUCCACAUCGACGCCAUGUCGGGAGUCAUCACAACUACUGUGAAACUGGACCGAGAAAGACAGGCCCUCCACAGCCUUAUCAUUGUGGCCCGCGACAUGGGCCAGCCAGUGCCUUACGAGACCACACAGCCUCUGCAGGUGGCGCUGUUGGACAUUGACGACAAUGAACCCGUCUUCCUUAAACCACCGCGUGGCAGCUUGCCUUACCAGAGGCUGGCAGUGCCUGAGCUCCCUCCAGCUACUGUGGUGGGGAACGUCACCAGAGCGGUGGACGCAGACGAGGGCUCCAAUGCCAUCGUUUACUACUUCAUUGCAGGAGGAAACAGUGAUGGAAACUUUGGCUUGAGUCUAGAUGGAGAGCUGAAGUUGCUUAUGGAUCUGGACCGGGAGGAGAUCCCGGUCUACUCAAUCAUUAUCAAGGCUUCCAGCAACAGGAGCUGGACUCCUCCCAGGGGUAAGAGGGCAGCACGGGCCAAAGCCCUGGACCCUGCCAGUGACCCCAGCCUGCUGGAAGUCCGCAUUGAACUGGAAGACAUCAAUGACCAGAAACCACGCUUCACUAAGGCGGAGUACACUGCAGGAGUCGCAGCAAAUGCCAAAGUGGGCUCGGAUCUGAUCAAGGUCGUGGCUAUAGAUAAUGACAUCGGCAACAACAGCUUGGUUCAAUACCAUAUUGUUACAAUCCGCUAUUUCCAGUCACAGAGCAACGGCAGUGAGGACGUUGGCAGCAUCUUCAUCAUCGGUUUGAUGGAUGGCAUCAUCCGCACAUAUGACCUCUUCACCGCCUACAAUCCAGGCUACUUCCAGCUGGAGAUUUUGGCGUGCGAUUUCGCUGGACACAGUACCACCACCAACGUGAACAUCUACAUUCUCCGAGAUGAUCAGAGGGUCAAGAUAGUCUUCAACGAGAUCCCUGAUUUGGUCCGUGAAAACCAGGAAGAUUUUGUCAACCUGCUGUCCAACAUUACUGGAGCCAUUGUCAACUUAGAUGAUAUACAGUUCCAUGUGGACAAGAAGGGCAGGGUCAGUUAUGCUCAGACAGACAUGCUCAUCCACGUCGUUAACAAUCAGAGCAACACUAUCCUAGAUGUUGCAAGGGUAAUUCAGAUGAUAGAUGAGAACAAGGAGCAGCUGAGGAACCUGUUCAGGAAAUACACCGUUGUGGACGUGCAGCCUGCUGUCACUGACAAACUGCCUGAUGACAUCACCACACUUCAGCUGGUCAUCAUUAUCCUGGCUGUGCUGCUGUGCUUAGCAGGAAUUUUGUUUGUCACAAUGAACUGGCAUUAUCACAGAGUACACCAGAGGAAGCUGAAAGCAAUCGUUGCAGGAUCAACAGGGAACCAGGGUCUAAUGGAUAUCCUGGACAUGCCCAACACUAACAAGUACUCUUUUGAGGGGGCUAAUCCGGUGUGGCUGGACCCAUUCUGUCGCAACCUGGAGCUGGCUGCUCAGGCUGACCACGAGGACGACCUGCCUGAGAACCUGAGUGAGAUAACUGACCUGUGGAACAGCCCUGCACGCACUCAUGGCACAUUUGGUCGAGAGCCUCAAGCGAAGCCUGAGGAUGAUCGUUACUUGAGGGCAGCCAUUCAGGAGUACGACAACAUUGCUAAACUGGGCCAGAUCAUGAGGGACGGGCCCAUCAAGGGUUCCCUGCUCAAUGUGGUCCUGGACGACUACCUGAGGCUGAAAAAGCUCUUUGCAGCACGACUCGUCACAGUGUCCACCAGUCAGGGAGAUCACUCGUCAGUCACUGAGCUGAUCCAGAGUGAUCUGGACGAUGAUGAGGAAGAGCAUCUGGGCAUGGGCGGAGGUCGCGGCACACUGCGCUUCAAGCACAAGCUUCCUGUGGAGUUGAAGGGUCCCGAUGGUGUGCACGUGGUCCACGGCAGCACAGGUACCCUUCUGACCUCUGACCUCAGCAGCCUGCCAGAGGACGACCAGCGGGCCCUGGCACGUUCUCUGGAGGCACUGAACGCGGACGGGGGGCUCUAUUCUGAGCGCAACGCCCGCACAGAGUCGGCCAAGUCCACCCCGAUGCACCGUCACAAGGACGGGGACACCCUGUCGGAGAGUCCCCUGGAGAUCACAGAGUUAUGACUAGCCGAGGCCUCGCUGGUCUGAGCGCAGCCAUGACUCGUGUGUGUCCUUGUGCCUCCACACCGCUAUCCUGACGUGGUUUUGGGAGGAGUGUGUGUAGUCUAGGGUACCUCAUCAGCCAACCUCAGUCCAUCAGUGAGACAGCCUGCAAGAGGACUUACUCACCAUUGGGUUGGUUUGAGUAUGGUCUUGUAUUGAAGGUGAUCCCAAGUUAGGUUCUUCAAGAAAAGGUUCUUUCAAAUGCCCUUAGGAAAUGGAAAAUCAUAAGCAGGACACUUUUCAUCAGCGAGACAAAACCAACUGGGGUCAUCGACUUUCAUUCAAAGAACUAAGUGGAGAAGAGAGACUAAGCCUCCCUGUGGGAGCAGCUGGUUGAACCAUGACCUUAUGAUCGUCAAAAGGUGCCUCAUUCUCACUAAACCCUUUUGCAGUCAUACCUGGACUGCAUACACUCACACACACACUCAAAAAAAGGAAGCUACAAACACUCAGACCAGCGAAUGGCCGUCGAUGGGACCUUGAGAAAAUGACGUAAUUCCUGUUAUCAUGCUCUGACAUUUUUUAUUUUUGCAAGACAAUGCCAUCAGUGUUUGAGGAGGAGUGAGGAUGGGACAGUACCACUUUUCUCUUUCAAUUAUUAAAUACAUUUUAUUGUUGGGCAAUUAUAGAUGGAAAUGCAAUGCAGACAAGAGCACUUCAAAUAUUUCCCCCAGUGAUGCUCAUAGAGUGGAGUUUCACCUGACACCAAAAUCAAGAGGGGCCUUGGCCAUUCUGUAAUUUAAGUACUGUAGUAGUUUGAUGAAAGUCUUUUUAUUUUAUUUUAUCAAUGGCAAAAAGAGAAAACACUCCAGCCUACUGGACAGCAGUGACUAAUCCGACGCUUCACUAAUGACUUAAAGGUUCCAAACUGGUGAUGGUGGAAGAAGGAUCAAACAUUGUAUGUGACGCAGUCAACAAAAAAACUUUUAAUCAUUUGAUAAAUUAAAUAUAAAAGGCAGUCAAAGAAUACUGUGGCAAGGAAUUAAAGAUGGAAUUAAAAAAUAAAAAACUAUGAAUAAUCCCAUUUUUAUAGAUAUAAAGAUGGCAUUGUGGCCACAGAGACUUUACACUGCCACCUGAGGGACUAAAAGAGUUGUGCUCAAAAAGAGCGAUGUUUGCUUUAUUUUUUUAUUUAUAGAAAAGGUGAUGGAAUUAACAUAUUUUUGAAGAAAAAUGCUGGCUUACCAAAAUAGGUAGGGAAUAAUUCUGGAUGUUUGGAGUAAGUAUAUUGUGCUAUGGUGACAUAUGUCGUUCUGUUUUCCUUUCGAUGACGACUGAUGCCGUUUCUGAUGAGUGGUGUGUUUUUAAGAUUUUUUUUUUUUUUUUAUAUAUUCCCAUUUUGUAAAUUUUUAUUUCUGUGUCAUUAUUGUCACCAUUCCUGAGAUCUGUGUUGGG